AAGAGUUACGAGAGAUUAGAUACGGAUGAUUGUGAUAUGCAAUAUGUACGUGGUGCGGGCCGCCGUCGACGCGCCGCUGGGCGCGUAGUGCAGUGCUGCAUGGACGCCGGUUCGCGAGGUGACCACUCGACCGGCAGGGCACCAACGUACAAAAUAAAUCAUAACUGACGGAAGAAGAGACAAGGAUAUUUCAAAAUGGACAAGGAUCACGCUUUAGAGGAGAUGAUGGGAAAACUGGGAGAUUUCGGGCGGUACCAGUGUUUCCAGUUCAUACUGCAUAUCCUGGCCGCCAUGACAGCCGGUAUGCACAUGCUCUCGCUCGUCACCGUCGCAGCAGUGCCAGAACAUAGGUGUUGGGUUGACGGUGUAGACACAAAUAUCACAACAGCAUUAUGGAAUUCUACAGAAGUGACGAGGGCAAUUCCUUCAAUUGAAAACAGGCUACAUAAUUGCCUUAUAUUUACGGACGAACUAAAUAACACUGGAAAAUGCAACAAAUGGGUGUUCGACACAAAAUAUAGGACCUCGUCGAGAGCAAUUGAAUGGGAACUGGUUUGUGAUAAAAGAUGGAUGGGUGCACUGGCACAAACGGCCUACAUGCUGGGAGUGUUCACUGGAGCAAUCGUCUUAGGAGGCAUGGCUGACAAAUUCGGAAGAAAAACUAUAUUUUGCUGGUCUUCGGUACUGCAGUUAAUUCUUGGAGUUUUAGUAGCGUUUAUACCUGAAUAUUGGUCCUUUUUAGUAAUCUCAUUUCUGUAUGGAAUUUUUGGUUCUGCUGGAGCGUAUAUAACGGGGUUCGUAUUAUCAAUGGAGAUAGUAGGGCCCAGCAAACGAACAGCAUGCGGAGUAGCUUUUCAAGCUGCUUUUGCCGUGGGUAUAAUGUUGGUAGCAAUGUGGGGUGCAAUCAUUGAUGACCGACAAAUUUUACAAGUAGUUUAUGGGUUGCACGGCCUUUUGCUCGUACCGCACAUUUGGAUUAUGGACGAAUCUCCAAGAUGGCUGUGGGCUCAAGGCAGAGCUAAGGAAGCGGUGGAUAUUGUAGAAAAAGCUUUAAAGUGUAACAAAUUUACUGAGAGACUAGAUAAAGCUCAACUUGUAUCCAGAGGUAAAGCCGAAUCAUCUAAGGGAACUGAAGUACCAGCUGCUCGCACGAUAGAUCUCUUUAAGACCCCAAAUUUAAGAAAGAAGACCCUUAAUGUUUGUCUAUGUUGGUUUGCAAAUUCUUUAGUGUACUAUGGACUUUCAUUGAGUUGCGGUAAACUAGAAGGCAACCCUUACCUGAUAUUAGCUGUCUUGGGUUUUGUAGAAUUCCCGAGUUAUGGUGCAGUCAUAUAUUUUCUUGAUAUCUGGGGUCGAAGGCCGUUGAUAAGCUCUAUGAUGCUGAUAGGCGGUACUGCUUGUAUCGUGGCUACAUUUAUACCGGCGGGCAGCAUAAUUUCUACAGUUAUUGUAAUUAUAGGCAAACUGUUCAUUGCAGGAUCUUUUGCUAUUGUGUACAAUUAUUCAGCAGAACUAUUCCCUACAGUUGUCCGCAAUUCAGCUAUAGGACUGGGGUCUAUGUGUGCUAGGUUAUCUGGGGCGUUGACACCUCUCAUCACAUUGCUCGAUUCUUUCGACCCGAAAAUUCCCGCUGUUAUAUUUGGAGUUAUAGCUCUGAUAUCAGGAUUUCUAACUUUAUUUUUACCCGAAACCAUGAAUCAACCCAUGCCACAAUCGUUAGCGGAUGGGGAAAAGUUUGGUUUGGGAGACACCUGUUUCACAAGUUGUUUAGGAAAGAAACUAAGAGUUACAGAGGAAGAUGACAAAGGGGGAGAAUCAAUGGUACCUCUCCGAGAUAUGAGCAAAGCGUAAAAUGCUUAUAAUCACAGAAUCUAGUCUUUUUAUCAUCUCAAUUAGCCACAGUUGUGGAAGUUAUUAAGGCGAAAGUGGAGGACCCGUGCGAAAUCACAUUUUCAAUAUUUUCAUACAAACGUAGUCCUCAUUUUCCUCUCUGGAAUUAUUGAAAACAUUUUGACACAAUUUGUUGUAUAUAACCACAGCUAUUUUACGUUUGUUUUUUUUUUCAAAUUUUUAAUUAUUAUAGGAGUAAUGAAAUCUGUUUUUCGCUCCUAAUUUUUAUAAUAAUACGGGAAUCGAAAAAAGUCAAGCGUAGGGGCAUAGCUAUGGUUAAUAUACUUCAAAUUAUCUCAAAAUAUUUUCCAAAAUGUGAACAUCCUGAGAGGAAAAUGGGGACUACGUUUGUAUGGAGAAUCGGCCGUCCUCUUUCCAAUUAACUCUGCAUGACAUUUGCAAUGGCAAAGUGAGGCAUUAUCAAAUUUAUAUAUAAAUAUGAGGUUUAUAAUGACACUCGCUCACUUUGUUGUUCAAUUCUGUGCAAAGUUAGAGCUUAGGCGGUUAUCACAUUCACGACUCACAUUGGAUGCGAUUCGCACGUCGCUCCGAGAUUUGAGAGAGACAACGGUAUUUUUUUUAACACUAGGUCGGUGACAAACAAGCAUACGGCCCGUCUGAUGGUAAGAAGUCUCCGUAGCCUAUGUAAUGCCGGCAACUCCAGAGGAGUUACAUGCGCGUAGCCGAAAUAAAGAUUUUAUAAUUAUUAAAUCUAAGUGGCCUAUUUGCCUGAAAUAUAAUGUGAUCAAGCACACGAAAUUCUCAAAUCGUUUCAUCCGUUGUAUCGAGUAUUUUUUUUUCGAAAUAAAUCUAUUGCAAUGCCAUAUGAUGCUUAAAAAAUAGGAGCUCUAAAUUACAUAUCUUAAUUAAGGAAUCAAUGCGGUAAUUUUUAUUUAAACUUAAGAAUGUAUGAAAAAUGUAUCAUGCUAAAUAGUGUAAAUAGUAGGAAAACUGAAAAUAUGUAAAUUGUAUAUUAUUCAGAACAACAUGUUGUACAAAUUCGUUUAUAAUAGAUAAUUAUAAAAAAAAAACGUAGUUUCAUUGGAUACUUGACGACCUUUCUGGCCUAGUGUAGCUACUCUGCUGCCUACCGUUUGACAUGUCUCUGGCUGCCUAUGACACCGAUGGUCCUGGGUUCGAAUCCCAGUAAGGUCAUAAUUUAUUCGUCUGAUGAGGACGGAUAUUUGUUCCUGAGUCAUGGGUGUUUUCAAUGUGUUUAAGUAUUUAUAUAUUAUAUUUAUCGUUGUCUGAGUACCCACAACACAAGCUUUCUUGAGCUUACUGUGAGGCAUAGUCAAUUUCUGUAAAAAUGUCGAAUAUUUAUUGUUAAUUUAUACUUGUUUCUUAUAACAUUAAAUAAGUUUUAUAGAAAUUAUGUAAACAUAAAAAAAAAAACCGUUUUAGAUAAUGGACAGUUUAUUCGUCCCGAGCGAUUUCCCUCGUUCAGUUUGUAUGAUGAAAGUUAUUUUCCUUUUAGGAAAACUGAUGUACCUGGAAAUGGUUGAUACUAGCAAUAAUUCUACAAUACCAGGCAAUAUCAAACACAAGUAUUAUGGACAAGUUUGAGCAGAUAGACAUUACACUUUUUGGACUCCAAUAACAUACCAAUUGUAUGUAAGAAAAUCCGAAAUCCCACAAACCUUCCACAAUGUCGGCUGAUUGAUAGUUUUUCUGACUUUUUGAGUAGUUGAGUGUAUAAAAAUAAUUGGAGAGCUGAAAAUUGUACCCAGUUAAUAAAAAUGAUUAUGACUUGUGUUUCGAAAAUGGGCAAAAACGGUGUCGAAAGGUCUUAUUCGAACUUUAUAUCUAAAGUACGUCAAAAUGCUGACCAUGGGCCCUAUUCUAACAUCAAUUAAUGUUAUUGUAAUUAAUUAUCAUGUAUAUGUAUAUUGCCUAAUAAUAAAAAAGUAUAGUAAAUAGUAUUUUUUCACAGCUCAGUACCCCUAGUGUAAAUUUAGUCGAUAGCGAAACGUGACGUACGCGUUUGCGUUAAGUCUCAUUUUGUAUGGGUUUUUGAACAGCGCGCCAAGCGGGACGUUUUGGAAAGUCAAAAAUCUCAUACAAAAUGACACUUAACGCAAACGCGUACGUCACGUUUCGCCGUCGAAAAUAUUUACACUAGGGGUACUGAAAUAAUUCUAACUUUUUUGUUAUCACCCGUUAUUUAGGACUAGGCAGUAAAAUCAGAUUACAAAAUAUAUGAAUGUAUAUCUUUUAGACAACGCUUUCUGAGGUUAAGGUAUGUAAGUAGUUGGUGCGCUAUUAAAAAGAAACGUAACUACGAAAGACUAUGUGACAGGAAUAAAAAAGAACCGGCCAAGUUCGAUUUGGAUAUGCAGCCUAAGGUUUUCGCACUCACUUUUCGCAUCGCACUUUAUUUACAAUGUUUUAUUUUUUCAUUUCUCAUGCUCUGGGGUGGGUGGGUUGUUCUAUGGAGUGCAGAAAGUGAUAUAUGUUUCUGGUUCAGAGCAUUUUAAAUUCGUAGUACGUUUUUUAUUUAUUUUUUACGAUACGCAAUUAAAAUUUGAUUUUAAAUGGAUUUGUUGGAAAAUAACGAUACUUUUACAAAUUGUUAAUUGAAAGUAUUAGUACUCCUUAAGGGUAUGUAAGUUUAUAUUAUUUAGUCAUAUUUUUAAUACUCACUCGUGUUAGAAAUAAAAAGUAGAGUGUUUAACUCGGGUGAAAGGCACCAUUUCAGUCUCGAACUGUUGGCGCUCUCACUACUCCGAGUACCAAACUACCUCGAUAACAAUGAGUGCCUUUCAUCCCUUGGUUAACAAUCUUACUAUAGGGAGCGUGCAUGAACUGUAGGAGGCAGCACAGGAGCUGUCAGAUUUUUGGCGCGAAGCGUAAAUGUGAUGUUUCUUGUUCCGAUGUAGCCCACAAGAUGGCAGAACCUACUAUGCACAGGAAAACACUUGACGUGUAAAUGUGCCUGUUUAUGGUACCGAUUCAGACCACAGGAUGGCAGAACCUCCAACGCGCACGGACCCUAUUCCGCUUGGCCAGUUUUUAUCGUUUCCUGUUAAACAGUUUUUUAUUAUCGCCUACCUUAGAGGUUUGUAUGUUUAAUCGUUAUAGAUAUAAAAUAAAAACGAAAAACAAAUAAAGAA